AUGGUUGACACGCAAAAGACGACCCCAAGGAGUGGCACAGCUCCUGAUGCUGCCGCUGCCGCCCCCGCCCCCGCCGACACGCUUGCAUCGGGCGUGUCGGCCGUGCAUAUUGUGAAACAGCCUGGUGGACGCCCUGAUCAGAAACACCACAAUGGCGAGAUCGAGCGGCUGAAGAAGGAAAUUGAUCAAACGCACGCCAAGAUUGCGCAGAUUCGUGCUGCGUUGUCGGGAGAGUCAACAAACGACACGCCGGCUGGCAGGCGACGUGCUGCUCUGAAGGAAGAGCUCAACUCGCUCCGGUCCGAGCAAGCAGGCCGUAAGGGCACGCGUGGUAAAGUGUUUGACGAGCUGAAGCAGGUGCAAGACGACAUCUCCAACAAGGUCAAGGCUUUGCAGCAAGCAAAGUCUAAGGCGCCAUUCAAGUCGACGGCUGAGUUGGAUGCCCAGAUUAGCCAGAUUGAGGCUCAGAUUGAGUCUGGCUCCAUGAAAAUUGUUGAAGAGCGCAAAGCUCUGAACGAAGUGUCAACGCUGAAAAAGUCUCGCAAGUCUGUCGAGCAAUUUGGCGCCCAGCAAAAGGAGAUUGACACACUGCGUGCGAAGAUUGAUGAGCUGCGUAGCUUGCUGGAUGACCCAGACAUGGCCGCUGCGAACAAGCGCUACGAAGCUAUUAAGCAAGAGCUGGAUGAUAUCACGAAGGAGCAGGAAAAGACUGUCGGCAGCCGUAGCAAACUCAUGUCGCAGCGCACGGCUCUUUCAAAGCGUCUAGACGAGUUGUACCAAGCGCGUCGUGAUCGUCUGAGUGCGUACCACCACGAGAACGACAAGUACUUUGCUCGAGUACAAGCAGAGCGCGAGCGCCGGCAAGAGGCGAUCCGCAAGGAGCGUGAAGAAGCGGAACAUGCGCGCCAACAGGCGGAAGUGCAGCAGCUUCGAGAUGAUGCUGCCAUCCCAGCCUUUUCGAAGGAGAUUGAAGACUGUGAUGUGCUAAUCCGUUUCUUCAGCGGCACGUCGACCGAGGAGCAGAAGAAAGACGAAACCGUCGCACCGACACGUUCCGAGGGCCUGCCAUCACUGCCGUCGGUGCCGAAGCCAGAUGCUGCUGUACCGGAAGGCGCCGUGGUCGCACGCAAGAAGGGCGAUGAAGAUGACUACUUUGCUGGCAUCGGCACGGGGAAGAAGAAGGGCAAAGGCAAGAAGUCGGGUGCAGCCUCUGCAGCAACGUCUUCAACAACGAAUGCUUCAGCGGGCGCUGCCGGUGAUGGUGACCACAGCGCGCUGAAUGUGCCGUUUGGUAUGCUGUCGGCUUUGCUGAACCUGAGCAUCCCACCGCCCACGAGCCAUGCGGACCUCGGUCGUGUCGUGGACAAUAUUAAACUGAAGCGGGAGUACUUUGUAUCGAACCAGCCACACCAGACGCAGGAAAACAUCCGCAAGGCGGAGGAAAAGAUCGCUGCUCUUAAGGCGAAACUGGGCUCCAGCAGCUCGGAGACCAACAACGAAUCACACGCCUAA